CAAGUGUUGAAGGUACAAGACAUGUGUAUACAAUUGCUGAUGUUAAGCCACAAGAUCAAGGUGUAUACAAACUAACAGCUAAAAACAAGACAUCAGCAGAAGAAUCAACUAUUACACUCAAUGUUACUGCACCACUUGAUAUCACACAGUCACUAAUAGAUACUAAUGUACUUCUUGGUCAAACUGGUAUUUUAUCUCUUACAUGCAAUGCAUUUCCGGUACCCAAAGUGACAUGGUUUUUCAAUGACACUGAAUUGAAAAACUCUGCUAAACACAAAAUUGAAAUCAAAAACAAUGUCUUCUCUCUUGCUAUCAAUAAAGCUGAUCAUCCUGAUGUUGGCACAUAUCGUGCAGUAGUCGAUAAUGGUAUUGAUAAAACAGAACAAACUGCUACACUUAAUGUUGGAGUUAAACCUAAAGUGGAAGCAGCUAAACCAGCUAAUGAACAAUCUUGUGUCAUCGGACAAGAUACUCAAAUCUCAUGGAAGUUCAGUGGUAUCGAAAAACCAGAAGUUACAUGGUUAUUCAAUGGACAACCAUUACCUACUAAUGACCGAUUUCAGAUCACUGAAACUGAAGAUGGAACAUCCACACUGUCGAUCAAGAGUGUUGAGCUCACUGAUAAAGGUGUUUACACUGCAAAAGCAACUAAUGCAGUUGGUGAAGCUGAAGCUAAAACAACACUCAAUAUUUCUGGUAUCAAACCAGUGAUCACUGCUGAUCUUGAAGCAGCUCUUCAAGCUACUAAAGGUGAAUCGAUGACAAUCAAACUAACUGCUACUGGCACACCUAAACCAGAAGUUGUAUGGAUGCGAGGUAAUGAUGAACUUGCUCCAAGUGAUCGAGUACAAGUGAGUGGACCAACCGGUGAAGGCGAAGAUACAUACACAAUAACAAUCUUGAAUGUUCAACCUGAAGAUCAAGGUGAUUAUUCAGCCAAGAUCACCAAUGUUGGUGGAUCACUCAAAUCCAAGAAAUGCAAAGUCACCGUUAUGAAAUCACCUGAGUUUGUGACAAAACCAACCGCACAAGAAGUGAAACAAGGUGAAACAGCUUUGUUUGAGACAAAGAUUGAUGGAUAUCCAACACCAAAAAUCACAUGGCUUCUCAAUGGUAAACCAUUAACAGCUAAAGAAGGUGGACAAGUUGAAUUUAAUGCAGCAACUGGUGAUGCUAAAUUAUCAGUUGCAAAAGUUGAUCUUCAACAACAUUCAGGUAUUGUAACAUGUCGACUUGAGAAUGCACAUGGAAGCCAAGAAGAAACUGCUCGACUUGAUAUUCUUGCUGCACCACUCAUCACAACUCAGUUGCCAAAAACCGAAGAAACAGUUAGUGGAAAAGAUGUGACAUUGCGAGUAGUUGUUCGUGGUUCACCUCGACCAGAAGCACAAUGGUUCUAUAAUGAUACACCUGUUGCACCUGAAAAUACUGCAUAUGAUGAAGAAAAGAGUGAAUAUCAAUUGUUAAUCAAAGGAGCAACAGUAGGUGCAAACGAAGGCACUUAUCGAGUAGUAUUGAAGAAUGAUCUUGGUGAAAGUGAAUCUACACCAUGCACAUUAACUGUACUUGAACCAGUUAAGUUGACAAAGAUUGGUCCUGCCACGGAUGCUGUUGAUCUAAAAGUAGGUGAAGCAUUUGAGAUCUCAUUUGAUGUUGAUGGAAAAGAAGCGCCAAAAGUACAACUUACCAAAGAUGGUAAAGAAGUGAAAUUGACAAGUGUUGAAGGUACAAGACAUGUGUAUACAAUUGCUGAUGUUAA